AAACGGCUGAUUGGUUGCGCGAUGAUCGGCUCGCUUUGCCAUUUGGCGCUGGAAUUCUGGAAAGGUUCCGGAUUUGGGGUUGAUAUUUGAUUUUGAUAAAAAGCGUGGACUGGUCUGUUUGUUUUUGCUUAUUUCCCCCCAUUUUUAUUUUAUUAUCCACAUUGUUGAAGCAGUCAGAAAAAGCCGAAUAAUUCAUGAGAAAAAGUACUUGUUACAUGUCAUUUCUGAAUAUGGAAUCAAUAUCAACAUCAAGCUCCAAUUCAACUCAAAAGAUAAUCUCUGGUGAAGACGUUAACGUGGAAAAAUAUCCACUUUCAGAAUACUACGAUAAACUACAGUCACUGGAGAACGAUCUGGCGCUAAGUCGACAAUCUCUUUGUCAUGUCAAUUCAAGUGUGUCAAAGAUCAAAGAGAUCCUGAACAGUCUGAAUUUUGAAAAUCUGCAAAAACAGAUGGAAAAGCCGCUGGACAAUGCUCAAGUCCUUUCAGUCAACAAUCCAGAGAAGUUUUCAAACCUGCUUCACCUUUCCAGCGAUUUGUUUUGCAACAUUCAAAAUUUCACAAUUGAUGGCACAUUACCCAAUCAAUUAUUGAAUGGGCUGGAAAAGGUAAACAGCGAAGUAGGAAAGAUACAUGAGCAGGCUUUGGAAAUGAAGAAAAAUUUCAUUGAUUCAUGAUGUAUAUAACUUAAUUUAUAAUUGUAAUUUUUUGUA